UGUCGCCUCUGCCUCCUCUCAGUAGCCUACACGGAGAGAGAGCAGCAACACAGCCGAGCGGAUUCACAGCGAGACUUGUUGAGCUUUUCUUUCUUUCUUUCUUUCUUUUUUCUCUCUCCGUGAAAAGAGGGAACGCGAUGUAGAGAGCCGGUACGAUCCGCGUCCAAAUAUGAGCUGGGCGGAGGGGAGAGGUCCUCCCUACAGUCUUUAUUUCUCACUGGCUGGUGGGCUACAGCAGUGACGUUCUCCUUUUUACCUUCUCUUGUAUAUGCCUGUACAUCGCUCACAUCAUAAGAGGCUCCAGAAAUUGGCAGCAGCAGGGAUGGACGAAGGCACGGCAGAGAGCGCGCGGUAACGCAUCGCCGUGUGGACUAAUACGCGCCGUGCAAAAUGGACAAACCGUCGGGUGGGAUGAGCAAGGCGGGCUCGCGCUCCACGGCCUCCCUGCCCCCGGAGCCGGCGGACAUAGUGCAGAGCAUGUCCUGCUACCGGCGUGUGCGCCUCAAUGUCGGCGGCCUGCCGCACGAGGUGCUGUGGAGGACGCUGGACCGGCUGCCGCGCACGCGCCUGGGCAAGCUGCGCGACUGCAGGACGCACGAGGCGCUCAUGGACAUCUGCGACGACUACAACCUGGACGACAACGAGUACUUCUUUGACCGACAUCCGGGAGCCUUCACGUCCAUCCUGAACUUCUACCGCACGGGCAAGCUGCACAUGAUGGAGGAGAUGUGCGCGCUGUCCUUCAGCCAGGAGCUGGACUACUGGGGCGUGGACGAGAUCUACCUGGAGUCGUGCUGCCAGGCGCGCUACCACCAGAAGAAGGAGCAGAUGAACGAGGAGCUGAAGCGCGAGGCCGACACGCUCAAGGACCGCGAGGGCGAGGAGUUCGACAACACGUGCUGCUCGGAGAAGCGCAAGAAACUGUGGGACCUGCUGGAGAAGCCGGGCUCAUCUGUAGCAGCCAAGAUAUUGGCCAUCGUCUCUAUAUUGUUCAUUGUGCUGUCUACCAUUGCCCUGUCACUCAACACCCUCCCAGAACUGCAAGAUACUGAUGAGUUUGGCCAGAGCACAGAUAACCCCCAACUGGCCCAUGUUGAGGCAGUGUGCAUUGCCUGGUUCACCAUGGAGUAUCUCCUUCGCUUCCUCUCUGCACCCAAUAAAUGGAAAUUCUUCAAAGGUCCUCUCAACAUCAUUGAUCUGCUAGCCAUCCUUCCAUACUAUGUCACCAUUUUCCUGACUGAGUCCAACAAGAGUGUACUGCAAUUUCAAAACGUGCGGCGAGUGGUGCAGAUCUUUCGGAUAAUGCGAAUUUUGCGAAUUCUUAAAUUAGCUCGUCACUCCACAGGGCUGCAGUCAUUGGGCUUCACAUUACGCCGCAGUUACAAUGAACUGGGCCUUCUAAUCCUUUUCUUAGCCAUGGGCAUCAUGAUCUUCUCUAGUUUGGUCUUUUUUGCAGAGAAGGAUGAAGAGGACACAAAGUUCAAGAGCAUCCCAGCCUCCUUUUGGUGGGCUACUAUUACCAUGACCACUGUGGGAUAUGGGGACAUUUACCCAAAGACAUUGUUAGGAAAGAUUGUUGGCGGUCUCUGCUGCAUUGCAGGAGUGCUGGUAAUUGCGCUACCCAUUCCUAUCAUUGUAAACAACUUCUCUGAGUUCUACAAGGAGCAGAAGAGACAAGAAAAAGCCAUCAAGAGGCGUGAAGCUCUGGAACGAGCGAAGCGCAAUGGCAGCAUAGUAUCCAUGAAUGUCAGAGAUGCGUUUUCCCGUGGUACAGAGCUUCUUGAUGUGGUGGUGAUGGAGAAGGGUGAGAAGUCUCAGGACAACCAUCUCUCACCUAGUCGCUGGAAGUGGUCAUCCAAGAGAGCUGCCUCUGACACCAGCUCCAAUCGUUCAUUUAAUCCAGAGCAGGGAUCCCCAAGUAAGGCCAGGGCCUCCAGCCCGCAGAGGCUCAAUGCACAGAAACUGGAGGAAAUGUACAACCAGAUGACCAAGACCCAGUCUCAGCCCAACCUCAACACCAAAGACAGAAGUGCGUCCCGAGCAGCGCGUAGAAGAGACGAGAUUGAGCUGGGCACUUUAUCGGGUCAAGGAUCCGACCCACUGGGCGGACGUGAAGGAGUGGUGGACAUGAAGAGUUUGUCCAGCAUUGACAGUUACAUCAGCUGUGCCACAGACUUCCAAGAGAACCCACGGUUCCCAUACAGUUCAGCAGCAGGAGGCUUGUCCCUUCUAGAGAGCUCUCGUUUCUCACACAGUCCUGGCUCUGGGUUUUCAGGACGGGUCAGUGCCAACCCUAGCCUUCAAACCACCAUGGAGCAUGAGUCCAUGCUUACCCCACCAUGCUCUGCUGCAAAGCCUCGUGACACAGAAGAUUCCCACCGACAUGGAGUAAACCCUCUAAAAACACAUUCCCUUAAGGUGAAUCAUCGUGGUUGUGGGGAGACCAGUCAAGCCAGCGGCCCUCUAUCAGACAGCUCUGCUCCCUCAGAUCGUUCCCUUCUCAGCCCCGAGGUAUCUAUCUAUACUACAGCCAGCAGCAGGACUCCACCUAAGACACCCGAAGGUAUUGCGCUCACACCUACCGUCUUCACGUUCCACGAUGCCUCUAUCAGCAGGUACAUUGAUGCUGAUACAGAUGAUGAAGAGCAUCUACGUGAAGGCUAUCCAUCAGACCGCCUACUGGGAGGUCUGGGCACCAAGCCUCGGCUCAGUAUUGGCCACCAGGGGGGCACCAACCACCUGGAGGCUGCACAGAGGCUCCUGGGCCAGAACUGCCUGUUCCCAUUGGGAAGCACACCGAGUGGAAGCCAUGACAACCACGUGACGCUGAAUGCCUCACGUAGGUCUAAAGGGGACAAAGGCCGUUCCAACACCUUUGAUGAAAGCCUCUGAAGCUCUGGAGAGUGCUAUAGUGGGAGUCACUAUAGUGAGAGUCAGAGCAAGGAGUGAGGCACAGGCACCGGAGAUAGCACAGUUGAAGGCCCCGUGCAGUGUCACUUUAGAGACAUUUGACUCAGCCCAGGCAGCCAACUCAGGAGGCAUCCUGCAGGGUCUCUUCCUCUCUGGAAAACAAUGGUCAUUUCACCAUGAUGAAGAAAACAAAACUCAGAAGAUGUACCGCAGUUCAUCAUUCUUCCUGUCUCAUCCCCUUUGCGAGCAAGCCUGUGUUGGUAUUAGAUGUCCAGCAGUGGCAUGCCACAGGUGAAAUGAGGCAGAUCUGAUGGUUGCCAGAAUCUGAAAGAACCAGUGUUGUCCAACGCUUAAUCAGGUUGGAAUGGAAAACUCAACACAAAAAUAACAGGACAGGUCUGUAAAGUAAAUAAAAGGGACAGUCAUCCACUGCCCUUCUCAGCUAGCCAUUGUCCAGAGCCCACUUUCAAUAUUAGGCUUUAGAGACCAAGUUAAUGUUAUAGCCUGUUUACUAGUGCACCCCUCCCCCUGUCCCUUAAGAAACUGGCCUUACUUAAUUGCAAGUACGGAUGUCUAAAAAGUGUGAAUGCGAGUAUGUGAGUAUAUGUACUAUUAAGAGAGGUGGCUUUAUCAAAAUGUAUGUAUAUGAUCACUGACAUUCCUGCACACGACACAAACUUAAAUGUAUACACUUAUAUUAUGACUGAUUUAUUUUUAUAUAGACAUGAACAUAACCUCUAGAAAUCUGUUUCACCAGUCUGUUGUGUUUUUACCACCUAGGUUUAUGAAUGUCAAUGACAUUUACACAGGGGAAAUGCAAACUGAUUUAAUUAAUACUUUUCAUAUUUUCAUUCAUGUCUACUCAUUUUAUUUACCAUGGACAGGACCAGCUAAGAGGGCAAUGACAGGUGGCCAAAAAUAUCUUGUCCAAUCUCUGUCAGUGUUACUUGAAUUCUUUAGGGAAUGUAGUUAAUGGCAGAGUAAAUCACAGUAAUGCCAUAAUAAACAGCUCACAGAGGGAAUGCAGGAGUCCAAGUCAAAUCAGCACAUUAUGUUUGAUUUCUCCUUUCCCUUAUGAAAUGACAUAUUUAUGUGAAAUGAUGCUAUUAUGUUCUUACAAACUCAAAAGAUAUAUAUAUGACUAUGAGACAUGUACAUGUACAUACAGAACAGUGCAAAAGUCAGAGAUCACCCAAGUUACUCAUUUUUAGGAAAAAACGCAAACAUUUAACAGAAAAUUACACAGAGGCAUAAACAUACUAAAUACAGUACCCAUUGAUUUCAUUUACCACCUGUGACAUCAGAAGAAAUCUUUAUCUUAAAACCAAUUUUUUUCAGUUUUCACAAAGAUUCUGAUAUUCACCACUGUUUUUUUAUUUAGGAUUUGAUUUUAGGUAAAACAGAAUUUACAGACACUCAAGAGCACAAAGGUGUGAACAAUUCUGCUGUUUAAGAACAUGUGAUGAAUCUGAUGUAGACUUUUUCUUAGGACCAUUCUCAAGAACAAAUAAAAACACAACAGGAAGAUAUUGGUAAAUGAGGGCCAGUGUUUUCAGUAUUUAGUGUGUCCACACCUCCUAAGUUCAGUCUUAGAAGUUGCAAAUUUAGUAAGGUGCCCAAUCUAAUAUUGUACUUAGAGUUGGAGGCUUCUGCACCAUUUUCUCUUAAAUGUGUUUUCUACUUUUUUCUGGCUCUAAAAAUUUAAUUACUAUUUUGACUGGAAAUUUAAAAAGGUUGGUCUGUGACUUUUGCACAGUAGUUUUAAUGCAUUGAACGAGAGAGAGAAGGAGAACGAGAGAAGGAGAAUUAUCUAUAUCUAACUGUUUUUUGUUUUUUAUUACACAGAGGUCUAUCAUACAGUGAUAUUGUAGAUACCAAUAUUUACCUCAAAAUAUCUUGAACACAAUCUUAAUGUAAACUCCCUUUAACUAUUACAGAUAUGGUGACACAUGCAGCAUAAUGGUAACUAAAUGAGGUAAAUGAAUUCUUAAAAUAUCUCGACCCCAUGCCCUCAUUUCCAGCACUCACACAAACACACAUGCCCAUGCAGCAUGGAUUCUCAGGUAUGUAUAAGAUGUUCUGGUAAUUGCUACAAACAGUUUCCAUGGUGACCACAACCCCCUAUCAGUGUGCAUAUUCAGACUUUCAAUAUAAGGACAGACAGUUGGAUUACAUGAAACUAAGACUUACAAACUCAAGCAUGGAGGAAGAGGAGGAGGAAGGGCAGGAGAGUUUAGCAUCUCUGGGAAGUUGGUUACAUGCAUGCUACCAUCUCUGUCUCACCAAUUCAGCAAAGCAAAAGUGUGAAUUGAACAGCAAUGCUGGCAAGAUUUGGCAGAUGUGGAGAGAAAGAGAGAGGUAGAGUAAUAGUGAGAGAAAGAGAGAGAGACAUUUAAUCUCAGUACGCAGUGCUGUGUAACGCAACAGAAGGCUUUGAAGGCCAACUGGUAUGUGAAGACUUGUCCACUAGCCUUAAACAUAGGUUUAGGGCAGGGGAGGUGGGUAUUACACUGAAUUUAAGAAAGUAUGCAUUUGCCUUCAUGUAUAUGAUGCUCCAUAUACACUGAAAUCCACUCAAAACAUUCACAAUUACUGAAGAGGGUUCCAUUUUCAAAGUCUAAAUUCAUCCAAACCAUUCAAAAGUAAAGGUGCGCUAUUGGUGUCCAUCCUCAGAUCAGGUCAGAUACAUUGGGAACAGGCUGUCCGGUAAUAUUUCUUGGUCUGAGAAUUAGCCAGAAUUCACUAUGUGUCCAAAAGUUUGCAGACACCUGCUCAUCCAGGGUUUCCUCUGCAAAUGUAUUAAUAGGGAGUUUGUCCCCCUCUUUGCUGCAGUAACAGCUUCUACUCUUCUGGAACGCUUUACAAUAGAUGUUGCAACAUUGCUGCAUUCAGCCACAACAGCAUUAGUGUGGUCACUGAUGUUUAGAUGAUUAGUUCUGGAUUACGAACAUCACUCCACCUCAUGCCACGAAGCUCCAUCACUCCAGAAAACACAAUUCACUGCUCCACAGCGCAAUGUUGGGGGCUUUAUACCCCUUUAACCUAUACUUAGCUUUGGGCAUGGUGACCUUAGGCUCAAGUGUGUCCAUUCUGUUGACAAUGCUUAUCAGCAGUGGGUGCACCUCAAAGCGCCCACAUCAUGGAAAAUCAAAUAUUUCGAAGAGUCCUUGAAGUCUUUUUUUUAUUAAUUGUUUUUUGUAAUGCCACAAAACCUACAUACUCUGCCUGUUUAGCUCUUAAAGCCACAGUCACAAAACCAGUAUCUACACAAACAUAAGUGGACUUAAGUAGGGAAAAAAUUAUAAGAAAAAUGUAGGAUAAGGGCCCAAAUUCCCUAAUGAGAAAGAAUGUCUGAAUACUUUUGGACAUAUAGCGCACUGUUUUAUCAAGAGAUGUCAUUGCUUAAAGGGAUUAUUCCACUGCUGGUUUUCAUUUAAGAACAUUUUCAUAUCUGGAUAAGCAGUCAGUGACAAAAUGUUUGAGAAAACGGUCAACAAAACAGUGAUGACAAUCAAUCAUUUGAAUAUGACUAACGUCUUUGUGUUAUUGGCAAGUUAGGGUGUUUGUUUCUGACAUAAACACACAUGGUGCAGGUAACAUGAACAUGUCUAAUAAAACAACAGGUCUAGUUUCCUAAACUCUAAAAUGUUUUUUCCUCUCAUGGCAAAAUGUGUCAAACUGUGAUAAAUUCAAAGCUUCAAUUGUCAAACAUACACAAUGUCCAGUUCUUUUACUCUUUCAUGAAAAUUUGUUUCAUUCUAGAUCAAUUCACAAUUCUUAGAAAAUGGAAAGCUUUAGAAGUAAAGAGACUUUAUUAUGUGAUUUAAUGAGAUGACUCAUGAAGAUAGACUUUGUGCGUUUGUGUUACGCUUCAACCAGAAAGCACAAUCAACUGACCACUCGGUUUCCUUCUUUCUUGUACAACUAGUAAAAUAAAAAUUUAAACGAGCAUUUGACAAUUGUGAAGGAGAAAAAUAAGCAUCCAUUUAAUUUCCAGGGAACAAAAACAAAAAAGAGAGAAUUGUUUACACCCCCUCCCCUCCUCCGAAACUCUUCUACGAUGUUGUUUGUAGGUCUAAAGGCUGUGUGUUUUGUAAACUUUCUACCUGUUGACUUUCUAUGCCGUCGUUUCUGUAUGUGCGUUACGUUGUUCGAAGCAUGUUGUACCUCUGGAGCCGUAUCUUGUUCUGUAUGUGACAAUACGUUGUCUUGUAAAGAAAAAAGGAACUGAAACGUGUCAAAAUGUCCUCUGAUCUUUCUAUUUCUUUUCAGUAAAAAAACAAAACAUUUCCCCCUUUGGCUGGCUGGACAUCGAAUAAAUGAUACAAAUUAA